AGCCCAGCCCUGCGGCGAGGGUUCUCCCCCCGCAACGACGAUUCCACCGAGCCACAUCGACAGUUCGUCAAACUGGCUUCCCGAUCUGGUCUCGCCGUCGCCAUCCUCACCAGCGUGCUUGGCACCAUCGCUGCCUUCGCGCUGAACCCGGAGCCCCCGCGCCAACCACGACUGGGCCUGCCGGGACCACCGAGACCGGCCAUGGCGUCUUCUGGCCGCGGCAGUCAUCUCGCCGCCGUCGCCGCCGGUCGAGAGGUGGUUUUUUGCCAUGAGUGCCAGCAUGAGUGGUACCGCGACGAGCGAGAAUCCCUGACGUGCCCCAGAUGCGACAGCGAAUUCACCCAGAUCGCUGAGUCUCUCGGCGAUCUCCUGGAAAUGCGGGGCAUACGGACUCCCUCGGAUUUCAGCAGCCGGUCUGGUCUGUCCUUACGCCGUCCGGGCGGCGGCGCGGACUCGGACCUCGACGAAGACGACAUACUGGAACAUCUCCACAACGAACCAUGGCCGCGCCUUGGCCGCCCCGAACUGCGAUCCCGGACACCGAGCGACCGCGAACGGGCAAUUCCGGACGACGGCGACGCCGUCCUCCGCCGCUUCGCCGACAUGCUGGUUAAUGACCUUGGGGCAGGGCGAGCUCUACGCGGGAACUUCCCCGCAGGCGGCCUAUUUCCGCCGGACGAGCAGGCGCUUCCACCGGGGACUAGGGUCCAGCAGAGGACCUUUAGGGCCGGCCCCUUUGGCGGCACGCACACGCGAGUUACCAUUACCAGCGGGACCAUCGGAGGCGGGCCUGAGGGCCCAGCACCUAACUUUGGCACAUUAUUCGGCCAACUGUUUGGUAACCCCUGGCCUGCGGAUGAGCCUGAGCGCCGGGGCCUGGGAGGACCGGAACCGGGCUACGCGUUUGUGGGCGGACUCCACGACCUCCUGAACUCGCUGUACAACCCGGCAGCGGCGGUGCACGGCGACGCCGUGUUCACGCAGGAGGCGCUCGACCGCAUCAUCACGCAGCUCAUGGAAGCGUCGCCGCAGACCAACGCGGCCCCCCCAGCCACGCAGGCGGCCAUCGACAGGCUCGAAAAGAAGCGGGUGGACGCCGAGAUGCUCGGCCCGGAGGGGAAAGCCGAGUGCACCAUCUGCAUCGACGAGAUCCACCUGGGCGACGAGGUCUUGGUGCUGCCAUGCAAGCACUGGUACCACGGCGAGUGCGUCGUCCUCUGGCUCAAGGAGCACAACACGUGUCCCAUCUGCCGCAUGCCAAUCGAGGGCAGAGAGGGCAGCAGCAACAACAAUGGCAACCCCAGCGCCGGCAACCGCAGGCGGCAGUCACAGCAGCAACCGCAGCAACCGCAACAAGCACAGCCCUCCUCCUCAGCCUCCGCCUCCGCCUCCCCAAUGUCCGACCCCUUCGCCUUUGCCAACCCGUUCUCCUCUCGCGCCGCCCGCGAGCGAGACCGAGACCGCGACCGCGACCGCGACCGCGAACCGCGCCAGCGCACAGUCCGUAGCGCGCGCGAGAACCUCGACCGCCUGAACUCGAUCCGCAACCUCGCCGGGGCGGCGUACGACUUCGACGUCCCGGCGGAUAACAACCGGCACCCGUCCCGGCGCAACUCGCACUCGCCGCCGGGCGCGUGGCCGUCGUCGGAUACCGAGGGCGCCGCGCGCGCGGCGAGGGUGCGCAGUCCGUCCGCUUCUUCCCGGGACCGCAUCCGGGACCGCGACCGCGACCGGGAGCGGGAGCGGGUCAGGGAAAGGGAGAGGCUGAGGGAGGGAGGAGAUUGGUGGCAGUCGGAGCUCGAGUGGAUGUCGGAUGAUUUCUGGGGUGGCGGCAGGCGGACUGCUUCCGCGCGCGAGGCGAGAGAGCAGCAGGAGCAUGGGAGCGGUGGUGCGAGCGGCGGUGGAGGAGGGCCGCUUGGGUGGUGGAGAGAUCAUUUUGGGCGGAGAGGCUGAGACUCUGAGACUCUUUUCGCGUUCGAGGGCGAGGUUGACGGGGUUGCUCAGGUUGAUGAUGAUGAUGCCUAUG